GCCAGUAGCCACCUUAUCUGCCUUUAUUUACAUUUUCAUAGAAUCGUGUUACAAUGUGUAGCGUACCAAGUUGUUACAAUAAGUAAACAAUAAUGACUAAUCUACAAAACAGAACAUGUAUAAUUUAAUUUCGUAAGAUAGUCAGCUUCCCAGCUAUUGGGUGUCUAUUUUACGCGUGCUCCGUUGUAAGCUAUCAUCCAUCAAUUAUUCUUUAUCUUGCUAUUAGCAAACUGAUUUACAACACUGCGACAGAUAUCGUUCUGAGCGAUAACACUGCAUAGCAAAAUGCAGCUCACUAUGAUUCAAACACCAAUAUCUGCUGAUGGCUCGCAGUCAACUAGUUCUAACAUGGAUUUCAUCCUCGAAAAAAUCUGGAACAAACCAAAUGCUCCUCUUGAAGAGUUCUUUGAAAUGUGGUACAACGUUUUCUUGUGGGCAAUGUUUUCUUCCAUCUUCAUUCAUUCCGUUGCUGCCAUAAUUGCAUUUCUGACAUUAAGGAAGCAUGCAGUUGGAAGGUUUUACUCCAUCAUAAUUCUUUUGAUGGGAAUUAUCACACCUCUAACAACAGGUGCAGUGACAAGCGCAGUUGUGUCAUUUGUGUAUGAAAACUCAGGACUAGUCAUGGCUAGAUGGCAUGUUGCACUUUGGGGUGUGGGACAAACAUUCUGCAGUGCUUGUUUUGGCUUCACUAGAAUUCUUGCAGUAUUAUAGAUCACCAAUGUAUUUUUCAUAUUCACCAUAUUUUGCUGUGCUACAUAAGUUCCUUUUUUACUCCAUGUCCACCUGAGAUCUUAUAAGACAAAUUAAAUAAGUUUGAUGAUA